AUGGCCUCGGUAUACACGGAGGACGAAAAGGUGUUCGGUCAGUACCCCCCGAAGACGUGUCUCUACGUCUACCUGGUCCUGGGCGUCGUCCUCCUCGCCAUCCCAUUCAUCAGCCAGCCGGUUCUUCUGCCCCUCAACAUCGUCAUCGCCGUCAUCGGCGGGGCUCUGAUCGCUUUGGAGUUCUUCGCCAUCUCCAAGGACAAACAAUGUCUUCUUCUGAUGUUCCUGAUCUUCGAGUCGAUCUUCCUCGCCUUUUUGGUCUGCUUCCUGGUCUUAGGCCUCAUCUACUACUUCCUUCUUGAAAUCAAGGCCGACGAUGAGCCGUGAGUUUUUUUUUCAAUACUCCUUCAACCUUGGCCUUUCCCGCCACUUUGUCGUUAAAAUUGAUCCUAAAAUUGAUCCACGGUUUUAGCCACAUAUGACAUGCUAAACCAGAGUAACAGGGUUCCUGGUUCGAAUCCCGCCGGCGACAUGAACUUUUUUGCCAUUUUUAUUUCUCUAUCGAGUAUAUUUUAAACUACCAUAAUCCUUUAAAUUCCUCAUAUUCAGACUAGUUUUAAGCCGUUGUUGUGAGAUCUACUGAUAAAUAGUGGAAAUGAUUCUCUCUGACCUUUCUGCGCUCUCUUUUCUCUCGCAUAUACUCGUAUUUCUGUUCUAGCGACAGUUUCAAGCAUUCGGAGAUUAAAAAAGUGGUCUAUUAGGGGAUGUGAGAGGUUACUGUAGUUCAAACUGUACUUAAAAGAUAGCCCUUGAGAUCUCAAACAAUUUGGCACCAAAUAAAAAAUGGCAAAAAAAUUUUCGUCGCCAGAGGGAUUCGAACCAAGAACCCUAUACCGAGAUGAUAGUCUUCUUAUCUAGUUGGGUUUUUGCGUUUAGCUUCUAUGUAGAAUGAUCGAAAAUGAGGGAGUAACAGCGAUUUGAAGAGACUCCAGAGAAAGAGAAUUAUUCUACUUCUCUAGAGUCUCUUCAAGCCUUUAUGAGCUCUCGCCUUCUUUCAUUUUGAACCAUCAAUUUCUUCGAAAAAUGACUAACAAUUCAAUGAAAUAAGGACAAAGGAAAUUUCUUUAAUCGCUUUUUUUUCCGCUUCGUUGGGUCACAUGGCUGGUUUUGUUGUGGCAAACUGUUUCUCUCUUUUUUUUUUCAAUCGCAACCCAUUCAAACUUGAAAGGCGUAUUGUCGACUUUCUGUUUGGUACAGGGAACGUUUCGAAAAAAAGUAUCAUAUAUAUAUAUAUAUAUAUUGGUGGAUGGACUACAUUUACAAAGAAAAAUUGGUAUUUCCAAACUUAGAGAGAUUCUGAAUUACACCCUUUUUAUUUUUCAAGAGGCUUGACCCUUUCAAAAACUCAAAAAUCGAAUCUUUCAGAGAAAAUCCAUUAGUCGGAACGAAGACGGACAAGAUGAGCAAAGCGAUGGCCGGCGUCCUGAUCAUCGAGGCGGUCCUUCUGGUGCCGUCCAUCCACAGGUGGCUGCUCACCUGGCAGGUAUACCGUCACGCCAAACGCCGUAAUGCGAGAUACGCCGUCGACGCCGCUACGCCCGUCGGCUAUCAUACCUACGCCAUCGCCUAA